AUGGCUGGACAAAGACGACGUGUUCUUCAAGCGAACAUCAACCACUGCAGAGCAGCCCAGAGCCUGCUGGUCCAAACCUUUGCAGAGUGGUUGGUGGACGUGGCGGUUGUCGCCGAGCCGUACUCUGUCCCUGGCAGCUGGCUGGGAGACGACAACGGCUCGGUCGCAUUGAUGGCGCGAUCUUCCACGGACUCUCCUCCCCUCUCGCUCUUAGAGAGGGGACCGGGAUACGUGGCCGCCGCGUGGGGUGACAUUGCCCUUAUAGGGGUGUAUUUCUCACCAAACCGCCCUCUCUCGGACUUCGAGAACUUUCUAGAGGUCCUCGCCAGGGUGGCAGGCGGAAUGGUACAGCACCGGGUACCGACGACUCUUGGGCGACUUUAA